AUGUCGGUUAUCGUCCCGCUCCGCUGGCUGCUGCUCCAGGCCCGUCCAGAGAGUCCCUCAUGCACUUCUCAGAUCGAUCCUCUACCUCAUUCCUGUGGAGUGGAUGAGGAAACUGAGGCAGACAGAGUCUGCGGACGAGGGUUCAAGGCCGCGCAGCCGGCAGAGGCAUGCAGCGCGGUGGGGACGGGAGACUCUAGCGUCUUGCAUCUUUGGACGGAGCGACGCCUUCCCUCUCCCUUUCUUUGCUGCGAGGCCGCGGGUGUGGCUGAGCCUGCGGCUGUGCGUGUGAGCGGAGGCCAGGCCAGCGGAGGGACGUCGGAGGGGGGAGGCUGGAAAGCCGGGAAGGCGGCCCGGAGGAGGCGGCGCGGAGUCGCAGAGCGCUGGCCAAGGCGUGCCCCGGUCUGCAGGGCAGCGGGGUGUGCCCGUCCGUCCCCAGUAGGCGUCCGGGGCUGGGCCAGCGGUGCACCCAGGCGCACACAGUCCGGGCUGGGCUGGUGCAGGCGGCUGGGCCGGAGGAGGGGGCCGGGCAGGCGGGGCGGGAGCUGCGGGGGCUGCAGGGGCGCGGCGGGAGCGGGGGCGCGCACAGCCCCUUCCGGGGGCGCCCGCCCUUGCGGGCUCCCAGUCCCGCUGCCCGCAGCUCGGCUCCGCGACGCCCCGCCCGCGGCCAGCCCGGGUUUCCGCCCUGCUUCCCUGUGCUUAGGAUUCGCAGCCGCAUCCCCCGACGCUCGCAGCCAAUUUCACGGCCUCUGGGCCCGGCGCGGGGCGGGGAUCGUAAACCCGCGGGUGCGGGGCGGGGGCCGGCGGGUCCUGGCAGGGACUGGCCUGCCUGCGGACCGGGGCGACCAGGAGCGAUCGCAGCGAGGAUGUGUGUGCCCGGAGAGGACUUGGGUGAGGAGCUGCUGCCGCCAGAGCUGGGCCAGGACCGGAGACCCACUGCCACUGCUGCUGCCACCUCUGCUGCUGCGGGGACCUCCCUGAGACCGGGCCGGGAGCAGAGCCUCGCUGGCCGGAGGGGUCCCCUCUCUCCGCAGACGGCUGGAACCAGGUGGCAGAUGGGUGUCUUCCUCCCUGCCCCUGUCUCGCCGGCUCCCCCUGGGAUCGUCUGAGCCCAGAACCUGAGGAGAAAGGAGAGGCGGAGGCGGAG